AUGUUACUAAAAAUAUUCUUUUUAAAUAUUUUAUGUGCUGUUUGUGCUGAAAUAGUGAGUUAUGACAAUUUUUCACUAUACAGGAUAUAUGCGAAAAGUGAAAGAGAUUUAAAAUUUCUGAAUGGACUUGAGGAAAGCUCUGAUCUACAUUUGUGGAAGUCAGCUAAUAAAAUCGGAGAUUAUGUGAGCAUUAUUGCUUCACCGACAAAGAAAGUUCAAUUAGAGGAAUCAUUUAAGAACAGAAACAUUAACUAUGACAUUAUGUUAAAAAAUGUUCAAGAAGCGUUUGAAGAUCCGAUAAUAAGAAGGAAACGUGAUUUAAGAAAUCAGUUGUUCUGGACCAAUUAUCAAACAAUGGAAGAUAUUUACGCAUGGUUUCAACACUUGGCAAAUACUUACAGAGAUAUCGUUUCGAUUAUUCAUGCAGGGAAAUCAUAUGAAGGCAGAAAUAUUACUGGUGUAAAAAUAUCUCGUCGUUCUAGUAGGCGCGCUAUAUUUAUCGAAGGUGGGCAAGUAGCAGCAGAUUGGUUAUCCCCAACUGUUGUUACAUAUAUCGUUGAUCAGCUUGUAAAAGGUGAUGACCCUGUUUUGAGACAAGCUACAGAAGACUAUGAGUGGCAUAUCUUCCCUAUACUUAAUCCUGAUGGACAUGAGUUCACACAAAAUUCUAAUAGACUUUGGCUUAAAAACAGAAGACCUACAUCAGGUUCAGCUGUUGGUACUGAUUUGACAAAGAAUUGGAACUCACAAUGGGGAGUGAGAGGAGGCAGUUUCAAUCCUUCAGACAGUAAUUAUAUUGGUUUAGGACCGUUCUCGGAAGUAGAGACCAGAUCUAUUUCGAGAUAUAUUGCGAACAUGCCUGCUAUACUAUCUGCUCAUCUAUCCUUCAGAGCUUUUGGACAACGACUUCUUAUACCUUCUGCACACACAACUUCGCAUAUGUACAAUUAUAAUGAGACGGUUUUAAUAGGAAGGCGGGCAAUGGGAUCUUUAGCUGUACGUUACAAUACACAAUAUAUGGUUGGAACGUCUAUGGAAGUGCAUGAUGGUGCAACCGGUAAUAUGGCUGACUGGAUCAAGCAUCAAUAUAACCCUCCUGUUGUAAUGACUUACCAUUUAAGAGAUACUGGUAACUGGGGUUAUAUUCUUCCUGUUGAUCAAGUUCUUCCUACGUGUGAAGAGACCUAUGACUCAAUCUUAGCUAUACUGAGGGAAGCAAAAUCAAUGAAUGUGCUA